UUCCUCAUCACAACCCCAAACCAAAACAUAAGCAUCACAUUGAAUCCGACAAUCAUGAACUUGUAGUAGCAGAUAAAACUAAACCCAAAACAACAUCAUCAUCAUCAUCCACCUCUUGAUCUCUCUCUGUUUCGUUUUUCUGGGUAUUCGUUUAUGGGCUAUACUAGAACCCACAGAAAUCCAUGACCAAGACCAAGAAUUUCCUCAACAAUCUCAUCAAAACCUUCGGGUUCAGCUCAAGCAGAGAGGGACAUAAUGAAGAGGACUUAGAGAGAAUUGCUCAACAAGAACAGAAGGUGUUCCCUUUUGAGACUUUGGUGGCUGCUACCAAGGAUUUCCACUCUAGUAAUAAGCUCGGACAAGGCGGUUUUGGGCCGGUUUACAAGGGGAAAUUGGCUGAUGGUAGAGACAUUGCAGUGAAGAAGCUGGCACAAGGUUCAAGUCAAGGAAAGAAAGAGUUCAUGAAUGAGGCCAAAUUGCUUGCUCGGGUACAACACCGCAAUGUUGUGAAUUUAUUGGGCUAUUGUGUUCAUGGGGUAGAGAAACUACUUGUAUAUGAAUAUGUCGUAAAUGAGAGCCUUGACAAGCUUCUUUUCAAACCGGAAAGACGACAGGAGCUUGACUGGAAGCGGAGGUAUGAUAUAAUCUGUGGUGUUGCAAAAGGUUUGCUUUACCUUCAUGAGGACUCGCACAAUCGGAUUAUACACAGAGACAUCAAGGCCAGCAACAUUCUGCUUGAUGACAAAUGGGUCCCCAAGAUUGCUGAUUUUGGCAUGGCUCGUCUCUUUCCUGAAGAUCAAACGCACGUUAACACGCGUGUUGCUGGGACCAAUGGGUAUAUGGCUCCAGAGUAUGUCAUGCAUGGACAUUUAUCGGAGAAGGCGGAUGUAUUUAGCUUUGGUGUGUUGGUUUUGGAGCUUAUCACCGGCCAAAGGAAUUCGUCAUUCAACUUAAAUGUUGAUGAGCAGAGCCUCCUUGAUUGGGCAUACAAGCUGUACAAGAAGGGGAGAAGCUUAGAGAUUAUGGACCCGACAUUAGCACCAUCUGCGGACGCUGAUCAAGUAGCAAUGUGUAUCCACGUAGGGUUACUAUGCGUACAAGGUGACCCCCAGGUCAGACCUGCCAUGCAUCGUGUGGUCGUGAUCCUAUCAAAGAAACCGAGCAACCUUGAAGAGCCAAGUAGACCCGGAUUACCAGGAUCAAGAUACAGAAGAUCUCACAGACCUGCUGGAUUAUCCUCCACUGCUGGGACUUCCGGUGAAUCAAAUUCUCAUUCAUCCGGAUCGACCUUUACAGCAACUGGAACCAGUUCAGCAUCCCAUGUAGUACAAAGCCGGGGAACCAGUUCGGAAAUCCAAGUAGUACAAGACCGGGGAACCAGUUCAGGGACCCGAGUAGUACGAGACCGGGGAACCAGUUCGGGGACCCGAGUAGCACGAGACCGGGGGAAACGUCCCAUGGAGAGUUAGAUGUAAUAGUGUAGGAGGUUUUGUUUAUUCUUUGGCAUUGUAGAAAGGUGUAAUAUGAUUAUGUUAAAAGUUAAAAUGUGAAGAGAAAUGCAGAG